UUGGCGGUACUACAAGGCAGAAUGGAAAGAGCUGUGGUGAAACUCCUUUUAGGGCUCCUGCUGGCUUUUGCUACUGGACAACAAACAACGGAUGACUGGGACAUUUACAGCUUUCACAUCAACUCCAACAUUACCAACCGAUACGCCACCACCAUCAUCACAAGCCGUGUCGCCAAUCGCAUGAAUGAAUCAAAAGAAAUCGAAUUCCAUGUCCAGAUUCCCAAGAAUGCCUUCAUCAGUAAAUUCAAAAUGAUGAUGGAUGGACAAGCCUAUGAUGGAGUUGUGAAAACUAAGGAGCAGGCUCAAGAGCAGUACACUGAGGCUGUGUCCCGUGGCCAAAGUGCUGGACUUGUGAGCUCCGUAGGGAGAACCAUGGAGGAAUUUAAAACCUCUGUAACUGUGGCAGCCCACAAAAAGGUCACCUUUGAGCUGACCUAUGAGGAACUGCUGAAACGAACACAUGGCAAAUACGAGCUGCAGAUCCAUGCUCGACCCAUGAAGCCUGUCAAAGACUUCAAGGUUAAUGUGCACAUUAAUGAAAAAGCUGGCAUCAGUUUCAUUGAUGUGAAGGGAGGACUGAGCACUAAAGCCCUGGCUAAUGCUAUCACCAAAACACAUGCAGACAAACAGGCAUGCGUGUAUUUCUAUCCAACUGUGGAUCAACAGAAAAGCUGUGACAGCUGUGGAGAGGAAGGUAUGAAUGGAGAUCUGGUUAUUGUUUAUGAUGUCAACAGAGACAAUGGACUGGGAGACAUCAAGACUUCUGAUGGAUAUUUUGUCCAUCACUUUGCUCCUUCAAGUCUUCCACGAAUACCAAAGAAUGUUGUCUUUGUUAUUGAUCGAAGUGGCUCCAUGCACGGUACAAAAAUAAAACAGACCCGAACUGCUUUAAUCCAUAUUUUGAAUGACCUGGCUGAAGAUGACUUCUUUGGUCUCAUCAGUUUUAAUAGAGAAAUAUUUCACUGGAAAAGAAAAUCCGUUAAGGCCACUGCUCUAAAUCGGGAGAGGGCCAAACAGUUUGUGCUGAACAUCAGAGAAGGAGGAGCUACAAACAUCAAUGCAGCAGUGUUGGAAGGAGCUCGUAUGCUGAACACACAUCCCAGGGAAGGAUCAGCUUCCAUUCUAAUACUUCUCACAGAUGGAGACCCAACUACAGGAGUGACAAAUCUUGAAGAAAUACAGUCAAACGUAAAACAGGCCAUUGCAGGAAAAUUCCCGCUCUACUGUCUUGGUUUUGGGUUUGAUGUUAAUUUUGAGUUCUUGGAGAAAAUGUCGUUGCAGAACAAUGGUGUGGCAAGAAGGAUUUAUCAGGACUCCGAUGCUGAUUUACAGCUGAAGGGUUUCUAUGAUGAAGUGGCCACUCCUCUGCUGACAGAUGUCACAAUGAUCUAUCUGGGCGGAACCAAUCUAACCCAGACUAACUUCAGUCAAUAUUAUAACGGCUCUGAGAUUGUGGUGGCCGGCGAGAUCAUUGACAACAACGUUGAAUUCUUCACUCCACAAGUUGUUGCCAUUUCAAGUAAACAAAAAGUGACAUUUUCUAACACAAAUGGCUUUGUGGAUUCUUCGGUCUCUGAAGGACUUCUUCAGAGGGUUUGGGCCCACCUCACAGUCAAACAGCUUCUAGGAAAGGAGCUAUUGUUAUCUGGACCUGAGAAAGAAAAAGUGAAUAAAGAGGCUCUGGAGCUGUCCUUGAAGUACAGCUUUGUGACUCCACUCACAUCCAUGGUGGUCACCAAGCCCGAGGGGGAGAACACAGAAGUCCUUCACAAACCCAAGGAGGGAGAAGCACCACGGCUUCGAAGUCAUCAAAGAAAUACUGUGGCUAGAAAACGUUACUUUUUCCAAAAUCAGCGUGGUCCACCAUCAUUGCCACAACUCACUCCAAGAAUCCUAGGUUUUCUCCCUGUUCGGAUGAAAUCUUAUUUUGAAACAGAGUCUACCUAUUUGACUACAACACCUGCUCCUGUUUUCCACAGAUUUUUGAUGAAAGCUGAGAAUGACACCUAUCCACUUUGUUUUGAUGUUAUUGGAGCUGUAAUUCUUAAACUUCUUCACCAUCCCAGCACAGAGCUUUAUAUAAAUGGUGUGUUGGACUCAAUAAUAAACGGUGGCUUCAAAAAGAUCGUCAUCCAUGUCGGCACUGACUACGACAUUGAGGUUGACACAGAGGGAAUCAGUCUUCGACAGAGACAAACUACAAUCCGCUACACAACACGGGAUCCCAUCACAACUGAAAGAUUUACGGUGAUCAGACGUAACAAGGAAACAGAAUUUACAGAUACAGAUGUGCAUCUGGCCAUCUUAGUUCAUAAGAAGGAUGGAAAGAAAUUCCUUUGGCCUGUUUUAAGGCGGUCUCCGCCUGCUGGCGACACCGAAGGACUUUUAGCUUUAAAUCGAGUACAAUAUGAAGAGGUUCAUCAAAACGUCCGCACAACAGUGAAGUUGGCAAACAGAGAGACUGAUGUUCAAAGAUCCACUGCUGUUGACUAUGGGAUCAGCAGUCCCAUUAAAAUGGACUGUUGGUUUACUUCAGCUGACUUUGCCCUGCCAAGACCUUGGAAUGAUUUCCUUGUUGUUCAACUUUAACUGAAAGCCAUGUUGAAUAAUUCAGAAAAAAGCAAAAAUUUUGAAUUAAUCCUGAACAACAACUGAAACAACAUAUGCAGUUACUAUCUUUAAUGGUUAAAAGGGCUAAUGUCUGUACUUCUAGGAUACAUUUCGCAAGUAGGAUUGGUUUUACCUUCCAAAUCUCAAAGAAUAUUGCACAAUUCAUGGCUACUUAAGUUACAUUACUGUUUCAAAGAUUUAUCCUCAUUAUUAAAAAUUAAUCAGUCUCGUACAUAUUGAACAAUCAGUCUAAAGGAGGAUAUAAAUGAUCACAUAUAGAAGGACUAAUGAGAUUUUUACAAUAAUCAAAAAAAGGAUUCAUUUACAACCAAAUUUAUUAGAAAUAAUUAAGGAUCAUAUUUAUUCACAGUCACAAUGGUCUAGUUUCUAAUGAUCGAACUAAGCAAAGAAAUUAUUAAGAAAACAUAACAAAAAUAAACUAACACUACUUAAAAAGAUUUCUGUGUGUCUCCAGUCAUUUGAUAGUUUCCCCACAUUGGACAACACCAGAAUCAAACUGAACAUGAAAAAAGAAGCUCUGAGAAAAAAAUCCCUGAGUGAUGUUAAGUACACCGAGGCGUGGGAGAGAAACAAGUGGAAACUUGGCUGAAAGAAAAACAGACAACAGUACAAGGCAUACGCUGCACAAAUAUGAUUGCACAACCAUAUUGAACCUGGCUCCGAUUGGCAUCUUGAUUGAUUUGUUUUCAGGUCUUUUUCCUUGUUUCUAUCAGAGUUUAGGAGCACAGCUGCACUCUCUGAGGAAGAUGAUGUCAUCUGGCCUGAUCAGCCAAUCAGAGAUGAGAUUUAGGAAUUGUGUGACUAUAUGUGUGCAUUAGACAGCCAAUAAGAACAGUGGAAUUUAUUUUUCCUUCCAUUGCAUUUCAGUGUUUCACACAUUAGUCGUCUUACUACCAUCCUGCAGGCGCAGAUGGGAUUUGUUGUGUUUUUUGUUUUAACUUUUAAACAAUUUUAUCUCUCUCAAAAACACACAGAAACAUGGAUAACAUGGGGUAUGACGUUGUUGUGGCUUACUGUGAGAGUUCAGCUAAAGAAUUUUCAGGAUAUCAUCUGGCCAGUAACAGAAGAUAUUUCUGGAUGUAAGACUUCUGUCCUACGACAAGAAGUUAUUUGUGUAUAUGUCUGUAGAUAAAGGUCAAAAGUGGAAAAACAGGAAGUGCUGAAAAGGCAGCUGAAUGUCACAGCGCCAGACAGCUCCGGAUAAGAAAUCAGACAUACAUUUGUAUGUUUUUUAUUUGUAAUGUACACGCCUUGCUUCUGAAUAAAACUGCUGUUCUGGGAAGAAGUUUCAGAAGUAUUCGGACGAGCUUCUCCCUGUACAGGCAUCUAAAAGCUG